UCCCUUCGGUACAGAGGGGAAAGGUGCGGCUUUUGUCCUCCAUGGCGGGCGGCUGCGGAUGGUGGUGAGGCGGCGGGGAGACGGGGCGUCACCGGCGGAGGAGCAGGAGGUCCAUGGCGACGACGGCGCCCCCACAUCUGGUGGUACUGACUCGGCUCGGCGACCGGCUGCUCCGCGCGCGGCAGAUUUGGCCGGCCAGCGAGUCCCGGCCUUCACCUGCGCGGACGACCUCAGGGCCUGCAGCACGCCGGCAGCCGCGGACUGGCGCCCGCCACCCCUCCUCCUCUUUGUUCCUCAUCGAGACCGCCCUCCACCGCCUCCGAUGGCAGCAUCCACGGCGGGCUGCUCGUGGUGGGGUACAGAAAGGUGGUUGCCGGCGAUGAGAAGCGCGUCCCCGCAGAAGAGAAGGCGGCAGACGACCUGGACAUGGUCGACAAGGCGCUCGUCCACCCCAAGCUCGAGGGAGACGUCCUCUACCCUGACAUUGUUGGCAUUUAAGAAACGUAGCGACCAGGAUAUCUGCUUGAGAAGGAGCUCGUCCCAGCUCCAGGAGAUGUCCUCAACGCCCUGAACAUGUUGACGCCCUGCAGAAGAAGGUCAUUUAUAUCCCCCUAUUCUGCCAUGUACUGCAGCCUAGCUCUGAUGCUGCUAGUGCUUACCAUGUCGACGCCCUGCAGAUCGAAGGUCUACUAUAUUUACUGCAUGCACUGGAUCGAAUUUGUUUCAUUGUUGAUUCACUUGCCUAUGUGUUGUGGCUUUUCUCUGGCUGACUCGGUCAGGCUACUGUAUUCUCCUACUAUGUAGCAGUUUGGUUUGCAUGUUCAGGUUCUAAAAUAUUAUUUACUCAGGAGUAGUUUCUCUUGUCUAGUUGAACUCGUCAGUUGUAUCCUAUAUGUAGACAGCCACCAGACAUAAAAGAAAAGAGUUGUUACUUGCUAGACUGUGAAUCUGUGAUGUA